CGGCUUACAAACUACGGCUGCCAUAUGUAUAUUGUGUCUGUUAGUGGCAUAGAUAUGUGAAAGGUUAGUGGAUACCUGUGGAUUGUGGAUACUUAAGAGUGUAUAAUAUAUUGCAAAAAAAUGAGCUUUUGCGUUGCGUUUAAGUGCAAAAAUCGAUGUACAAAAAAAAAUGUUGAUCAAUUAGAAGUGGAAAGUGCUUUAAACCGGAAAAUUUCAUUUCAUUUAUUUCCCAAAAAUCUGGAGAGACGCAAGAAGUGGCUUAAAGCUUUACACUUAGUGUUGACUGUAUUGUAGAAUUAGGGAACGUGCGAGAGAUAGCGCGCAGUGCUCAUAUGUUAGCUCUCGUUCACCACCUACAAGGUGGGAGAAACUCGCGAAAUUCUCUAAGAGAAGACCAAAAAUCAAGACUUUACUCGAAACGGAAAUUCAGCCUGCAAUUCAAAUUGAUUUACAUCAUCAAAACACUAUUCAAGAAAACACUACUAUUGAAAAAAAUAAUAACGUUGCUGUCUAUUACAGACAAAAAUAUUGAAACAAAUAUGGAAUCAGAUAAUAUAAUGAGUACACAUUCAUGUAACAUUAAUCAAAUACAUCGUUCCAUCAGUAUAUCUCCAGACCGAAUUAUAAACUCAUCAAUAAAAACUGGAAUUCGAAAGGUGUACACUAGUAAAAUUAAAACUUUAAAAAGAAGGUUAUCUACAAGUCUAUAUAAACAAAAAACAAUACGGAAGAAGUUGCUUACACUAAAAAAUGUAUUAAAGGAUGUGCAGAAGCGGAAACUACUAACUGAAGAAGAGAGUGAUAUAUUACAAUAUUUGGAUGCAAGUAUGCAAGAUUUAAUACAGCGUGAAGUAAGAAAACGUAAAAAUUUGCCUGUAUCUAAAACAUAUAAGCCUAAUUUGCGACAAUUUGCAUUGUCAUUACACUAUUAUUCGCCAAAGGCAUAUAAUUAUGUUCGAAAAAAAUUUUAUAAUAUGUUGCCACAUCCGAAAACAUUAACAAAAUGGUACCACUCAGUUAAUGGAGAGUCUGGUAUUAAUACUGAGGCUUUAGAAGCUAUUAAACGACGCGCACAUUCCGUUUCGUAUAGAUUGGUGGGCGUGUUAAUGUUUGACGAAAUGGCAAUAAGGCAGCAUGUCGAUUAUUAUAAAGGUAGAUUCGUAGGAUAUGUAGAUUAUGGUGCUCAUGUAGAAUGCGAUACAUCAAAAAUGGCUAAAGAAGCGUUGGUUUUUUGUGUGGUGUGCAUAAAUCAAGCUUGGAAAUUACCUAUUGCUUACUAUCUAAUAAACGGUAUAACAAUGGAUCAAAAGCGAAAUUUAACAAUACAAUGUUUAAUGGCAUUGCAUGAAGCUGGAAUGUUAGUGGUAUCAUUGACGUGUGAUGGUUUAUCGGCUAAUACAUGGUUCAAACAUCCAUCUAAUGACACCAAGGUCUAUGUGUUUCUUAUUGAUCCAUGUCACAUGUUGAAGUUGGUAAGAAAUGUUCUUGGCACUAGAAAAGAACUUUUAGUGUGCGUUCGAAAAUGUGUGCGUUCGAAAAUAUGUUUGGUUGGUGUUGGGAAAAAAGAUAAAGUUGGCAGUAUUGAAAACUUCCAGUGCUGCGUUUCGUUUCUCCCACUGGGAUCAUUGGGAUUGUAUUGUACCGUAUGUACAAUAUAUGAAAGUGUUACAAUUACAUUAAUUAUUAUUAUGGAACAAUAUAUUUUACUCGAAAACAUCAUUUUUGAAUCUUCGAGUAGUUCUUCUUCAGAUAGUGAUGAUGAUAAUGAAGAAUUACAAAAUAUUUUAUUCGAAAAUAGAGAUAAUAACAAUAGAGGUGAAAGGAAUAUAGUACCAAAAAUAACAGAUUAUUUGGAAAAUGUUGUUACCAGAUAUACAAAUAUUGAAUUUAAAUCACAUUUUAGGAUGGAGCGUAAUACUUUUUAUUUUUUAUUACAUUUAAUUGGACCCCAAUUAGAAAACUUUCCAUUCAUAGGAAGAGAACAAAUUAAUUCAACAAAACAGCUAUUAAUAGCUAUUUAUGUUUUGGCAACACCAGAUUCUUAUCGCUCCAUAUGUGAAAGAUUUGGUGUUGCCAGAUCAACUGCAUGGUUUUCCGUCAAAAGAGUUGUUCGAGCAUUGUACAGCCUUCGAAAUUGUUUCAUCAGAUGGCCUAAUUAUGAAGAAGCUGAAACAACAUGGACAAACAUGCAGAGAUUGUAUGGAUUUCCAAAAGUUCUAGGUAUCAUUGAUGGAACACAUAUAAACAUUGCUCGACCAAAAAGAGAUGCUAAUAGUUACAUUAACAGAAAAGGCAGAUUCUCUAUGCAAUUACAAGUAAUCUGUAAACAUGAUUUAUCUUUCAUUCAUGUCUUUGCUGGAAUGCCAGGUUGUGUGCAUGACAUGCGAGUGUUUCUUUAUUCUGGUGUACAACAAUAUUGUACUCCAGAAUUUUUUCCUGAAGACAGUCAUUUAUUGGGCGAUGCAGCGUAUAGUAUACAAAAAAAUGUCAUGGUACCAUUCUAUGAUAAUAGUCAUUUAACUAGGAGACAGAAAGAAUUUAAUCGUAAUUUGUCAUCUGCCCGAACAAUUAUAGAAAGAGCAAUCGGAUUAUUGAAAGGACGAUGGCGUUAUUUAUUGGAUAAGUUGCCAAUGACAAGGACAGAUUUAAUUCCAUAUUACGUAGUUAGUUGUUGUGUAUUACACAACAUUUGUUUAUUAAAAAAUGAUGCUAUUGAAAUCCCUGUUGUUGUGCCUGAAAUGCUACACGAAAUGGAACCGUUAGCUAUCACUAAUGAAUUGAGAGAAGAAGGAAAUGUAAAAAGAAAUCGAUUAAUGGAAAUAAUUGCAAAUAAUAAUUUUCAAGGCCCAGUUCCACAAUCCAGUUAA